AUGGCAGGAUAUAGACGUGUUAAUUACUAUGAACUUUGUAGAUUAUGCACUUCGAGCGAGGGUACCAAAAUGCAUAUCUUUCGUGAAGAGGGUAGACGCCGUUCUUUACCUAACAAAAUUCAAACUUGUUUACCCCUUCAAGUGCAAGAAGAGGAUUCUUUACCAAAGAUAAUUUGUAGCAGUUGUGUUGAGAAAUUAGAAAGUUAUUUUGAAUUUAGAGAAGCGUGUAUAAAUGCUGAAGCUAUGCUGGAAAGUUACUUUACUUCAUUAAAGUAUUCAGAUGAUUUAACAAGAGAAGGAAAAGUUUCUGUUUAUGUGAAAGAUGAGCCACCUAGAAAAAAAGAUGACUCUCUGUCAGGUAAAGUCAAAAUUCCAGUGAAUAGUGUGGCAAGUUUAACAGAUGGAAAUGCCAUUUUACCUUCAGCCAUACAAAUUUUAACUGAAACUGAUGGUAACAGAUUAACACAGUACAAAGUCCAGGUGCAAGGAGGUAUUCCUUCUCUAGUUCCCUAUGGCGAAACAAGUAGUUUACCUUUAAGCAUGUCUAUUCCUACAUUAACUCCACAGCCAGUAAAGCAACAGUCAGCGACGGUUAAUAACAGUUCAAAAUCCGAUGAUGGUACUCAAACUUCAACAGAAGCUACAUCAGUGCCUCCACCUCCACCUUUAGUCGCAGCAGUAACCAUUGCUCCAUCUAAUCAAGAUUUACUUCAACAAAUAGGACUUGCCGCCAAAGAUAGAAAUACAAUAGCCGAAGUAUUAAAACUUAAAAAUAUAAACAUAUUAGAUGGUGAAUCGGUAGCUGUAACAAAUUCUCAAAUUCACACGACUCAUCUCAAUCAGAUGUCAAAUAUAAUUCCCGCCCAAAUCCGAUUAGAUCAAAAUCAAUUAAAUCAAUUAAUCAAUUCUAAUCUGCAAUUAAAUUUGGGACAAAUUCAACAGAACAACCAAAGGGAAAAUAUUUUACAUGGUAAAAAUGUCAACGUCGCUAGAAACGUAGUACAACAAGUGUCUCAGAAUCAAGUAGUCAAAUCGGAUCCGGAUUCUAAAAGUCAGGACGUUAAAGAAGGGAGAGAGCAAAAGGGAACAGUCACAACGGGAGCCGUGAACGGGAAUAACGAAAGAAUAAAUAAUUCGUUCGGUAAUAAUAAACCGAUAAGUGAAAUUAGAAAACAAGGUGGUAACGGAGUCGAAUUGGUGGCUCCUACGUUGGAAGAGGAAAUCGAAGAAGGGAACGAAGGUACUCAACAACAAAGUACAAAUAUCGGUGACGAAAAUCAAUCGUACGAUUGCGACACGUGUACAAAAAGUUUCAAGAGGAAGGAACACUUGUUCCAGCAUAAGAAAUCACAUUCGGGGGAAAGGCCGUUUGUUUGCGGAACGUGUUCGAAAGCAUUUUCACGUAAGGAACAUUUGCUAAGGCAUAACGUGUCGCACACGGGUCAAAAGUUACACACGUGCGACGUGUGUCAAAAAAGUUUCAGUCGAAAGGACAAUUUGCACAAGCAUAAAAAAACACACGGUAUAAAUGGUCCGCACGUGUGUGAAACGUGUGGGAAAUCAUUCGUUUUCAAGCAUUAUUAUUUAAUGCACAAAGCGCAGCACGAGAAUUUUCCGAACGGAGAAAACGCGGGGGGAACGAAAUAUUUGACGAGUUCGAGCAGCACGACGAAUCCGUUGCCCUUCAAAUGCGAUCUCUGUCCGAAAAGUUUUCCCAUCAAGAGUUAUCUGACGUCACACAGGUUGAGGCACCGGAGCAGAAUCAAACAGGAAACGGAAGAUGUACCGGAACAGCAAUCUCAACAACCCGCGUCGAAUCAGGAACAACAACAACAACAAUCGUCGUCUUCCGACAUAACCGUUCCCACGCCGACUAUUUUAACGAGUUUUCCAACGGCGACGGGUAAUUUAAAUUUAGCCACGUUAAACACUCAAUUGACGACGAUAAAUCCGAACGCUUUGCUCGCUCCCAACAUAAUACAUCAUUCGAAUGCGAACGUCGUGCACAUCGGUAACAAUUCGUAUUUAUGCACGCCGAACGUAACUUCGGAACUUUUGGAACAGUAUAGAAGAAUUCACAGCAGUUGA